GAUAAAUGGUUAUUUAGCUCGGGACAGGGAGAGAAAGUGCUUCACCUUGGAGAUAAGAACCAGGUCCUUAUCGCAUGGCAAUGUUCUACAGGAGAUCAACUUUUUAGGAGGUUGUUACAUCGAUCCGAAACCCUUGUUGAGGUCCACUUUUCACCAGAUUCCAACGCAAUUCUUUGUUCAGGCUGGAGAUUGUCUGGACAGCAGUUUAUUGGACUCAUUUCCUCAUUUAAUGGCAAUGAAUUGUGGAGAAUACCUCAAAUAGGACACCUUAAUAUUCAGUACCUUCCAAGCUUGAAUGAAAUCACUGUUCUAACUAGGGGAAGUAUCAAAACCAUUGAUCCCUUGGAUGGUUCUCUCAUAGCAACAACGACCCUUCGAGGGGCCAAAAUUUCACAUCGAGUCGCCUUUAUCUAUUUUAACCGAAACACUAUGACACUUCACCCAUUCCAACUGGGUGGUCCGGCUGCUUUGGAUUCUGACGAUCCAACAAAAAUCAGAAAAAUAUGGCUUUCUCCAGAUGGAAAUUAUCUGUUGACAAUAAAUACGUCGAAUGAGGUCAACUUAUGGAACACUACAACAGGUCUUCAAAAGACGAUAAUUGAUGGGUUUUAUGACUGGGACAUCAAGUUCUCGAAAGACUCAUCCACUGCCAUCAUGUGA